UACAUCGGUAAAAUCGAAUCUCUGGGACUACAGACAGCUCGUCCCCUCUUAGUUCUGCUUUUGCUCUGCUUGUGUUUCCACACUCAAAAUCAGGAAGAUCAAGGAGAAAAACUCAUCUUUAAACUCAGAAAGUCACUUUUUUUAUUAUUAUCUUUUAGUUGCUGAUGUGGAAGAGAAGUCCCUGAAUUUCUGACGAUGGAAAAAGGAGUGGAAUCUGCUCCCCCCUACCCGGGCCCACCCAUGAACUAUGGCCCUCAGCCAGGGAUGUACCCUCCAGGUCCUCCUCCGGCUGGAUACCAGGGAGGCGUUGCUUUUCCUCCUGCCACAGUUGCACCAGCAGUGACUCAUGUGGUGGUGACACCUUCACUACACGAUGUCCCCGGACAGACUUUGUGUCCUCACUGCCAGCAGACGGUGAUCACACACACAGAGCACACAGCAGGCCUGCUCACCUGGGCUAUCUGUGGUGGACUCACCCUGUUUGGAUGCUGGCUGUGCUGCUGUAUUCCGUUCUGCCUCGACUCCUGUCAAGACGUGGAGCAUCGCUGUCCCAACUGCAACAAAGUCAUCUACAUUUACAAACGGAUGUGAAGCUGUAAUCACGCAAAUAACGAUACAGGAACAAGUCAGAGCGGAAAAGUAAUCCAGUGAUAUUCUUACUGUGUCUAAAACAUUCGCGUUUGAAGCGGAAGUGGAAAUUUGAAGACUUCAGAGAUCAUGUAAGAGAGUUCAGAUAAAUUGUCAGGGGGACAGUUGUUAAAAACAUGCCAAAUAAAAUAAGAAUCACCUGUUUGUCAUUACACGUUUUGUUUUGUUGGGCAUCGUACAAAAAAAUUGGUCUUAUUGGUCUACCGCUGGUUGAUUUUUAAGAUUCAUUAUUUUACUUGUGCUUUUUUUUUAAUGAAUUAUCUG